AUGGAUACUGAAACACUCGAUAAAGAUCCAGUAUACCCCAGUGUUGCACUUCGUAAACAUACAUGCUACGACUUACUUCCAGUUAGUUUCAAAGUUAUUGUAUUUGACACUUCGUUGCUGCUUAAAAAGGCUUUGACUGCAUUGAUCCAACAUGGUGUUCAAUCUGCACCACUAUGGGACUCUGCUACCCAGGAGUUUGCUGGGAUGCUGACGGUCACAGAUUUUAUCCAACUGAUUUUGUAUUAUCACGGUCGGAAUGCAACAUAUGAAGAAGCACUAGAAGAGAUUGAUAUACUAGACAUAUCUGCAUUAAGAGCACUUGAACAAAAGAUUGGAUGUUUGCCUCCUCAUAUUGUCACGAUCCACCCAAUGGACUCACUGUAUGAAGCUAGUCGGCUUCUCAUUGAAAACAAACUGCAUCGACUGCCACUCAUUGAUCGCAUAGACAAUGCCGAUAUCAUUGUUUCAGUGGUCACCCAAAACAAAAUCUUGAAGUUUAUAGCUGCCAAUGUAUCAAAGUUUCCACAGAUGGAUUUGACGUUACAAGAGCUUGGAAUCGGUACUUAUGCUAAUAUUGAGACUGCCACACCUGAUACGACAUUAAUUGACGUGCUCAAGAAGCUUAUUACUCGACGUAUCUCCUCAUUGCCAAUUGUUGAUGGGGAUGGACGAGUUGUUAAUGUAUAUGAAAAGUACGAUGCAUUGAUGUUGGCUAAAGAUAGGUCGUUUUAUAAUCUGAACAUGUCAGUUCAAGAAGCCCUGUUACGCCGUACACCAGAUUUUGAGGGAAUACACUCUUGUGCCAUUACAGACACACUUGGAAGAGUACUGGACACAUUAUGUACUGUGACAGUACAUCGGUUUGUGGUUUUGGACGGGGAUCGAUUGCAUGGAAUGAUUUCCUUGCGAGAUAUCCUUACAUUCCUGAUUUCUCUAUAAUAGUUUUUACAACUGUAUUCACGUAAAAUGGAACACCAAGAGUGUCAAAGUACAUAAUAACAGUCUAUGGAAUGAUAAUCCGCUAAAUUUACUGGACAGCAUUGUUUUUUGGAUUGAUUAGUUGAUUGGAUUCUUGAUGAUUGACAUGUAGAGUUGCAUUUCUGGAAUGUAGAAUUGGGUUUAAACCAGAACGUGUCUGAGAUUAGAAUACAAGAUUAGUGGUUGUGCAGUGUAUGGCAAAUGGAAACAAUUUCAGUUUAAACCUCUAGUUUGAUUCAUGACAGCAACACUCGCAGCAGUGGAUGAGCUGGCUGCCAGAGUUCAUAUUGGUAUACAUAGGUACUGGCUUAAUAAGAUUGUACCAUUUCAUGAUACUCGGCGAUUGCAUUGGCUGAUAUGUUGCUGUAUAGAAUCCAUGACUUGAUAGGAGCAGACGAACCUUGGAUGGAUGCGGACAUCGAGGCAGAUCUGUCAAGCUUGUUGGAGGAAUUCGAGAGACUGUCUGUGCCAUUGCCCAGUGCUGAACAGAAACUAGAUGCUGUUGCCAGUCUUGUCAAAAUACAUCGUGAGCUGGACAGCUUUGACCAGUAUUUACGGUCUGGUGAGCUUGUUGGAGCAUCUGUGUCGCUUGGAGAAAUGGUUCGGACAUGCUUGAGUUGCAGUCUAUCAUGGCUGGUUCAAACAUACUCAAUCGAGAGUUGCUAACUUGUAUACAAUCGGACAACUGUUGUCUUGUGCUGUAGAUGACAAUCC